AAAACAAACAUUAUUCUGGGGCAUCCGGAAUAUUUUCCAACGGACCAAGCUACCGGAAGUUGAAAGUUCUUACCGUUCAUGUGGGUUCAUGUUCGUGUUGACAACAUAAAGUAUCUCUGAACAUUUUUACAUUAAUACUAAGGAUUUACUAACGAGCUUCAACAUAAAACAUGUCCGACAACGAAGAUAACUUCGACGACGGAGAUUUUGAUGAUGCCGAAGAGGAUGAGGGAUUAGAUGACCUGGAAAACGCGGACGAUGAGGACCAGGAGAACGUGCAGAUCCUACCCGCAGGAGAGGGACAGCAGGCCAACCAGAAGAGAAUCACAACACCUUACAUGACCAAAUAUGAGAGAGCCAGAGUGCUUGGGACACGAGCUCUCCAGAUAGCGAUGUGCGCUCCAGUCAUGGUGGAGCUGGAGGGAGAAACAGACCCCCUGCAAAUAGCUAUGAAAGAGCUCAAGGGCAGAAAGAUCCCCAUCAUCAUCCGCAGGUACCUUCCCGAUGGGAGUUAUGAGGACUGGGGCUGUGACGAGCUCAUCAUAACUGACUAAAACAACUCAAUCAGUCUUCACUGACUAAACAAUAUGCUGCUCCACUCCCACCAUCGCAUCAGGUCAGUCAGCUACACAAACCCAGAAGAUUCAUAAGGCGGAUGCGAGGGUAUCACCCGCCUGUUCGUGCCUCAAUUUGAUCCA